AUGGCGUUGUAUACCAAGCUUCCAGACACGAUUGAUGAGGCCGAUGUGAUCAUCGCCGGAGGUGGAACGGCCGGCUGUGUUGUCGCAUCAAGGCUCGCUGAUGCAGAUCCCGGGCUGUCCAUCUUGGCGAUCGAGGGCGGUCCAAAUAGUGACUUACCCACUGUCGAGAUUCCGGCCAGCUUUUUAGCCCAUCUUUCCCCAGAAAGCAAGACCAACCGGUUCUACCUGACGAAGAAGUCGCCUGAGGUUGCUGACAGAUCCCUUAUUAUCCCCACGGGGGGCUUUCUGGGAGGCGGCUCAUCGACCAACUUCAUGAUGUACAGUCGAGCUCAGCGUUCCGAUUGGGGUUCGUGGAAUACCCCAGGAUGGUCCGCCGAUGAGAUGUUGCCAUUUCUAAAGAAGCUGGAGACGUAUCACGGCGAUGAUGCGAAAGGUAUCCACGGACACGAGGGGCCAAUUCAUAUAUCCCGUGGUACAUAUAACUCCCCCAGAAUCCAGGACGAGUUCAUAGCGGCAGCAAAGAACGUGGGCUGGCUCGAAGUCCCGGACUUAUCUGACCUCGACUCGAUCAAUGCCAUAUGCCGGGCCAAACGCUUUAUCUCGCCCAGUGGAAAGCGUCAGGACGUAGUGUCAACCUACCUCCACCCGCGUCUUCGCGACGGAAAGCACCCGAAUCUGCAGUCCUUCAAGAAAGCCUAUGGGUCCGACUUCAGGCCCAACCCAGUCUUUCACACUGAUGGAAUGGAGCAGCCCCCUCGCAGAGUUGGGGCGAGGAAGCUUGUCAUCGCAUCCGGUGGCGCCUGCGGGACGCUGCCACUUUUGGAGCGGUCUGGAGUCGGUGACAGUGAGAUCCUCACCCGAGCUGGUGUCCCGGUCUUAGUUGACUUGCCCGGAGCCGGCAACGGCUACGAGGACCAUCAUCUUCUUGUUUAUCCAUAUUUUAGCAAUUUAGUACCCGCAGACACGCUCGACAAAUUCAUCUACGGAUCUCAGGAAACCCAAAAGGAGCUGAUUGAGACCAAGCACAAGAUGCUAGGGUGGAAUGCCCAGGAAGUUCAGGGCAAAGUUCGGCCGACCGAAACUGAGGUUAUCGCCCUUGGACCUGAGUUCCAGGCCGCCUGGGAUCGAGAGUUCAAGCCGAACCCAGAUAAGCCGUUAGCAAUUAUCACUGCAAUUGCUGGUUUUCCCGGGGACCCGCGCCUUACCACUGGCGACCCCUGCCUCUCUACGACGGUAUUCACCGUACACCCGUUCUCUCGCGGGCACAUUCACAUCACGUGCCCAGGGGUAGACGACCCGGUCGACUUCGAGACGGGGUUCUUCGCCGACCCCGGGCAGCUCGACAUGGCCGCGUGCCACCCGCCCUUCGCGGCCGACUCCGGCGCCGCCUUGGUCCGGCUCACCGACGGACCGCUGCACGCCGGCGUGCCCGACAUCGAGUACUCGGCCGAGGACGACGCCGUGCUCGAGCGGUGGCUGCGCGAGAACGUGGGCACGACGUGGCACUCGGUCGGGACGUGCAAGAUGCUGCCGCGCGACGAGAUGGGUGUCGUCGACCCUAGCCUCGGCGCGUGCGGGGUGCGGAACCUCAAGAUUGCGGAUCUGAGCAUCCCCCCGCGCAACGUGGCUGCGAAUACUAACAGCACGGCGCUGGCUAUCGGCGAAAAGGCGGCUGAUAUUUUCAUCAGGGAGCUGGGCUUGGGGUCUGUGUAG